GACAACCAAGUCCUUCCCUCUAACGUUACCAUUUUCUUUAAGUCAAAAGGGGCACAUGACCAUCCAAGGCCAGAAACAAAACUAGAGGCAGAAGCAAGACGGUCGAUGCAGAAAUCCCACAUGGCAUGCUCCUCCUCAUCUACCACCUCUCCAAAGCUGAAGAAGAGUCCAGGGACAAAGUCCCUACCAGGUGAAACCCAAAGUCAAGAAAGUUUACCUUUAACUUGGUCUUACCAGGAAGGCUUCCAAUUGCCCAGUAGUUUUAAUGGGCAUUUAAUCGAUAACAUGCCCCAGAAGAAGUCAUUGAAUAAUUGCCUUUCAUUUACCAAGAACUACUAUUUUGGAAGAGCCUCCCAACUUGUGGAGCCCUUGGUGGAAUCGGGGCCCACGAAAUUCUUCGAAAAAUGCAAACUGACUACUAGUCGGAUUUGCAACAGUGGAGAAUUGCUUCAGCCCUCUCUCCCAGGAGUCUAUACAGAUUAUGGAGACCUUCAGAGCUGGAAUAAGAAUACAGGCUUGGGGGGGGCUCCCCAUCAUGAUGGCUACUGUCCUGGCUACCCCUUCCCUUUGACCAGUUGGCCUUGUGACCUCUCCCCUACAUUGAGCUGUAUGGAAGCAGGCAACCAGCAAAUGCCCAGUGAGACACCAGUUGUCAAAGCUGGCUGCCACCCAUUCAGGUCCAAUGCAGGCCUGCCUGGGAGUGACCUGUAUGAAGAGAAGCUGCAUGUGGAUUUUAAUGGCUACUUCCCCACGGCGAGGUACCACUUCCCUCAGGAAGACCCUUUUCUCCUUAGCUAUACCCCUCACCACCAGUACUCACUUCCAACCAAGGGGAGCAGAUGGGACUUUGAUGAUGAAGUGAAAUGUAUGACUUUGGACCAUGGCAACAGUGACACAUUUCUGAAUAUCUAUCCUUUAAGAUGACUUAAGAUGACUCACCCCACUCAUCUCC